UUGCAGGAUUUCCAUGUGUUGCACGUUUGACAGGGGUAUUGACAGUGAAAUUUCACAACAAUGUGACAAAUUACUACCUCUUAACGAAUAAAUAAGAUGAAACCAGUACAGAUAUUUAGAAGUAACAGUUCUGUAUUCCAGAUACGUCAUUUUUAUGUUAAAAAUUACCGACUGAGAGAGUUUUUGUCAAGUAAUUCGAACUGGAGUAAUGACCCCCACCACUGCCUCUGGUUUUGUUCAAGGUGUUAUCAGGCAGUCAGAAAAUAUUCAAUGGAAAACAAGCAGAAAGAAACGUUCAUGAUAGCUGGUCUAGGCAACCAUGACCUACCAGGAACCAGGCACAGUGUUGGAAUGCAGCUUGUCAAUAAAUUGGCACGCUUUCUAACCAUGGACUUGAAGAAGAAUAGAGAUUGCUUGGGGUUUGUUGGAGAAAAAAGUCUGAGUCACAUACACUUGGUGCUUCUUAAACCUAAACAGGCAAUGAAUAUCAAUGGAGCAAGUGUACUUAAAACAGCUAAAAAGCAUAAUGUUCCAGUAGCAAACAUAUAUCUUGUGCAUGACGACCUGGACAGAAAGGUUGGCAAAGUGGGACUGAAAGAGAAAGGUAGCGCAGGGGGGCAUAAUGGAGUGAAAUCUGUAAUCCAGUCCUUUAGAACUGAUAGUAUUGUACGAGUAAGAAUUGGAAUAGACAGGCCAGCAUCUAUAGACAUGGUGAGUGAUUAUGUUCUACAGAAAUUCAGGUCGGAGGAGAGAGCUGGGAUAGAUGAUGCUAUAGACCAGGGGAUUCUCAAGAUUGCUCAACAUAUUGGUGCACGGACAGGUCUUAGUGCUGCACAGAUAUUCCAAAUAAUUGAGGACAGUGAUAAAAUAGAGAAUUGUGAUAAAUCUAAUGAAGGUUCUGAAGUGACAUAAAUGACAGGAUUUAUUUAGGGUUGUUUCAAUUGUUGUAUGAUCUUCGCAACUUUUACGGGCUCACUAGUGUAAAUGUUGGGUCACACUCGCAGACCUAGAAGUUCCAAGUUCAGUUCGGUAUUGAUGGUUGGAGUUGAAUUUCUUUUAGGGAUAAUUGGAUCAACAGCUUCUUUCAAAAGCUUUUAUAUUUCUCAUUUCAUGCUGGGAAGUUGUCAAGUAUUUUAUCCAGAAAUUCAAUGGGUCAACACCUACUAUAUGACUGACCUAUUGUUGAGAAAAAUAUGAAACGAAGCGUGGAGUAUAAGAAAGAAAACAAGCUGUCAGAUCAGGAAUAACAUAUAGGCAUCUUUAUUUGCAACUAUUAAGACUGUACAAAACAAACCUAGAAAUGAUCACCAGGGCAGUUACCACAUCCCAUUCAAUUAUCAGAUGAACACCAGUCCAACUCCAUUUAAUUUGUAGUUGUAAUUUGAAUAUCAUAUGCCUACAAUCUUCUAAGAGCCCAGAUUAUAUGUGAAUUUAGAGUACAAAUUUUAUGUAAAUUUGAAAGAAACCAGACCCAGUCAAGCAAAGCAAGAAUGAAAUAAAAAACAAAGACAUA